CUUAAACUUCAGCGUGAAGUGGAUUUUCAUGAAAACAUUAUUCGCUUUUAUGGCAUCACAACAGAAAUCCAAUGUGAUAAUUCAAAAAAAUAUUUGCUAAUGAUGGAAUAUGCCGAUAGUGGUACCCUUCGAAAUUAUUUAAGCGAACGUUUUGAAAAUCUCACAUGGAACGGUAAAUUAAAUCUUGCAUUUCAAUUAGCUGACGCUAUAUCUUAUUUACAUGAUAAAGAAAUUAUGUAUUAUGACUUGCACUCAAAUAAUAUCUUAGUUCAAAGGAAUAUAAUCAAAUUGUCUGAUUUUGGGUUGUCAAAAAGGAAUGAAAUGGUCGCCUAUGUUGAUCCACAAAUUUUUAUUAGAAAUAAUGAUAAAAAGUGCGAUAUUUACAGUACUGGCGUACUCUUAUGGGAAAUUUCUAGUGGAAAAUCACCCCUUUGUAAAAAACCGCAUGAUGUCAGUCCUAUCACACCUGAAGAUUAUGUGAAAAUAUAUACUGAUUGCUUGAACAAUGACCCAAAUGAUCGUCCAACUAUCAACCAGAUUGCAGGAAAAAUAAAUGCAAUUAUUCUAAAAGAAAAUGUUCAAGUAUCAAGUAAACAACAGAAUAUCAAUAUUAUUAAUAAUUCAUUACAUGAAGAAAUGUUUCAAAUUGUUCAAAAUUUUAGUAAAGUAAAUAUAAAAGAAAUAGAACCUUUAGUUUCAUCAAAUCUAAUUAUAAAUGAUUUUGAAAUAAUAAUUGAAGAAAUAAUUCUCCUUCUUGAAAAUAUAGGAGCAGUAUGGAAAAAGCAUGAAGUUAUUAAUUACCUUAAUAAUCAUAAUUUAACUUUACAAGAAAUUUAUAAUUGGUUAUUAAAUGAUCAGGAAAACUCAAAUUCUAUUUUUUUACUUGGAGUAUUUAAUCAUUUUGGAAUUGAAAUUAAGGUUGAUAAACAAAAAGCAUUUGAAUUAUAUCAAAAAGCAGCAAAUACAGGACAUGCAUUUGGAAUAACUAGUUUAGGAUAUUGUUAUCAUUAUGGAAUUGGAACUAAUAUUGAUCAUCAAAAAACAUUUAAACUAUACCAAAAGACUGCAAAUUUAGGAAAUCCACGUGGAUUAUAUAAUUUGGGAGUUUGUUAUAAUAAUGGAGUUGGAACUUGUAUUGAUAAACAAAAGGCAUUUAAACUAUUUCAAGAAUCUGCGAAUUUAGGAAAUUUACUUGGAAUGUCUGGUUUGGAAUAUUGCUAUAGUUAUGGGUUUGGGAACCAGUUUUGAAUAACUACUACUAGAUUAAGAUAUUUAUUAUGAAAAAGGAAUUGUAACAAAUGUUAAAUCAAAUAGCUGCAAAUUUAGGAGAUUGUUUUUCUCAAUGUAACCUUGCUUUUAUGUAUGAAAAUGAAAAGGGUUGAAA